ACUCAUCACGAGUUGAUUCCCGUGCAGCGCCGUUAUGUACUUUGACCCUCCUCGCUCCCACUAGCAUGUAAAACACAAGGUGGGAUCGGAAGUGUUAUGGAAAGAGGCAAAUUAAAGAAAAAACACAAAGGCAUAUAUUCGGGCGGUGGGCACCGGGAGGGAAGGGAGAAAAACAUCAACAUGGCACAGCCAGAAAAGCAUUACAAGGUGUUUUUCCUAGCAGUGAUUGCUUGGCUGGUUGCUAUUUGCGUGGCAGAAAUCCCCUCAUGCCACCCCCGGCAUAAGGCUGCAGUAGUAAAGAUGGACGAGGCCUCUCUCACUGUGAACAAUGAGCUGGACGCUGAGAUGGUCGUGAGCUGGCUAUCAGACCACUGCUAUCAGUGUGUGUACCAGCCCCUGGGUGUGGUGCCAGCGGGCCCUGGACCAGGCUUACCCAGCUCAGUGGACUUCACCGUGGGCACACAGCAUGGCAUCACCCUGCAGCUCAACAGCAGCCUGGAACUCUGCACUUUCCUGUCUCCUCCCCAGGGUUCAUUACCACUUUUGGGAGCAUGGUAACUACUCUCUGUGGGUCAAGAACCUGAACGACUCCUCAGUGGUCAACUGUUCCAUGAUCACUGACACAGAAACAGUCAACAGCUACCUGCCCAUCAUGGUGGCCUUUCUGUUGUUCACGGGACUGGCUAUACUGUCUGCUAUUGGAGCUACUGUCAUGGGGCUGGACGCGGUGAAGAAUCUGAUGUUCCGAUUGGGCAACUCCAUGGAAACUGAGAGGCUCAUCAACUCAGACCUGGGGUUUCCAUGCAGGACGGUGGAGACGGCCACAGACACCAUCCUCCCCGGCCCCGCCACCCCCAGCCGGAGGCUCCGAUCCCUGGACACCUUCAGAGGGCUGUCCCUGGUCAUCAUGGUGUUUGUGAACUACGGAGGAGGGAGGUACUGGUUCUUCAGACACGAGAGCUGGAACGGGCUCACAGUUGCUGAUUUGGUCUUUCCCUGGUUUGUUUUCAUCAUGGGCACAUCUAUAUCCCUGUCUGUCAGCUCAGCCCUGCGAUGUGGUUUGUCACGUUUCUCUCUGUUCACCAAGGCAGUCUGGAGGAGUGUUCAGCUCUUCCUCAUAGGACUCCUCAUCAUCAACCCCAACUACUGCCAGGGACCACUAUCAUGGGACUCCCUGCGUAUCCCUGGCGUGCUUCAGCGUCUGGCCUUCUCCUAUCUCGUGGUGGUCUCUCUGGACCUCUGUGUGGCCUGGAACAGCCUGGACAACCUUCCUGUGGAUGCUUGGUGGUACUCUGCUCGUGAGUUCCUGCUCUACUGGCCAGCCUGGCUGUGUGUGGUCGUCUUGGAAACCGUGUGGCUCUGUCUCACCUUCCUGCUCCCUGUUCCUGACUGCCCAAGUGGUUAUUUGGGCCCAGGUGGUAUUGGGGACAUGGGCCAGUACCCAAACUGCACUGGGGGAGCAGCUGGAUAUGUAGACCGUUGGCUACUGGGAGAGAACCACAUCUACCAAACACCUUCCUCACGGGUGAUCUACAAGUCUCACCUGCCCUUUGACCCAGAGGGAGUCCUUGGCAGCAUCAACUCUGUCCUCAUGGCUUUCCUGGGACUACAGGCAGGAAAGAUUCUCCUCCACUACAAGGACCAGCAUUCCAGUAUAAUGGCCCGAUUCCUCAUAUGGAGCCUGGUUCUGGGAAUCAUAUCAGCCGUUCUGACCAAAUGUUCACUUAAUGAAGGCUUUAUCCCCAUCAACAAGAAUCUAUGGUCUCUCUCCUACGUGACCACCCUGGCGUGUUUUGCCUUGCUGCUCCUGGUGUUGAUCUACUACACAGUAGAUGUGAAGAGGUGGUGGUCUGGGGCGCCCUUCUACUACCCCGGUAUGAACUCCAUCCUGGUGUACGUGGGCCACGAGGUCCUGGAGGAGUACUUCCCGUUCCGCUGGCGCAUGGCCGACAGCCAAUCCCACGCAGAGCACCUGACCCAGAACCUAUUGGCCACUUCCUGCUGGGUCCUCAUCUCCUUCCUGCUGCACAGGAAGAACAUCUUCUGGAAGAUCUAGAGGGCCAGGACGCGUUUCAAAUCGUCUUUCUUCAAGUCCUCUAAAGAUUUAGGGGGAAGGUCUGAAGGGGCCGGGCUGCGUAUUUUUUCAGGUCUUUCUGAAGGAUCUACUCACCUCAAUUCCUUGUGUCCUUUAACCAACGAUCCACUCACUGGGAGAUGUCGAGCUGGGCCGUAUCUCAAUAGUCUCCUCAAUUCCUUGUGUCCUUUAACCAACGAUCCACUGGGAGAUGACGAGCAGGGCCGUAUCUCAAUAGUCUCCUCAAUUCCUUGUGUCCUUUAACCAACGAUCCACUCACUGGGAGAUGUCGAGCUGGGCCGUAUCUCAAUAGUCUCCUCAAUUCCUUGUGUCCUUUAACCAACGAUCCACUCACUGGGAGAUGUCGAGCUGGGCCGUAUCUCAAUAGUCUCCUCAAUUCCUUGUGUCCUUUAACCAACGAUCCACUGGGAGAUGACGAGCAGGGCCGUAUCUCAAUAGUCUCCUCAAUUCCUUGUGUCCUUUAACCAACGAUCCACUCACUGGGAGAUGUCGAGCUGGGCCGUAUCUCAAUAGUCUCCUCAAUUCCUUGUGUCCUUUAACCAACGAUCCACUCACUGGGAGAUGUCGAGCUGGGCCGUAUCUCAAUAGUCUCCUCAAUUCCUUGUAUCCUUUCUCCAGCUUCCUUUUUAAAAAAGGGAAUAGUGUAAAGCGUUUCCUCUCCUUGUUUCCUUUCCUCAUGUGCUCUCCUUGCUUGACGCUGAAGUUUUUGAGAAGGGAACAUAAUCACUCAGGAAAAGGCUGGUCUGGGAUUGUAUACAAGACACACAGAAACUCUAGAAACCACGAUUACCAUUUUUUCUGCUCAUCAAAUCAAAUGUUACUAGUCCCAUGCGCCGAAUACAACAGGCGUGGACCUUACCGUGAAAUGUUUACUUACGAGCCCGUAACCAAAAAUACAGUUCAAGAAAGUAGAGUUGCUGGAAACAAUGCCUACAGGCUCUGGUCUACGCUACACUGUAACUACGGACACACAGGUCAGAGGUCACUGGGAUGUGUGUGACAUACAUGUGGGAUCAAACUGGACUUCGCAAAAUAAUAAAAU